AUGUGUGUACCAAAGAAGUGAGUUUGCAAGUAAGGAAAUAUAGGAAUUGAGAAAAGUUUUACGAAAGCUGGGAUCGUAUUUUUAAUUCUAGUCUCAUACACUUUAUUUAUUUAAAAUUUUCUACGAGCUACAGUAAUCCUAGAGAAAUCAUAAAAAAGGUACAAAUGUUUUACAGGAGCAAGAGCGAAAAAGAAGAUUUACGAAAACAGAAAGGUGGUGGUGAUAUUGGUGGAAUUGGUCCACCAGCUGGUGGCGACAGUUCUCCAGCUCCCGAAAAACAAUCAUCAAAAUCGACGAAAAAAUCGAAAAAAGAGAGCAGUAUGAAAGCGUCGAAAGGAAUAACUGGUGGAAAAGGAAAAGCAUCAGUUGAAAAAUGGGUGCAAAGAACAUUGGAUAUGGGAGUGCAGAAAUUGGUGGAAGAGUUUCGCGGUUUGGCAAAAUGGACACCGGAUGGAAUGACUGUUGAAGCAUUUCAGGCAAAUAAGGACAAAAAUCGAUAUCAGGAUGUACCGUGUCAAGAUAAAGGAAGAGUUGUUUUGAAGUUCCCCGGUUGUUCAGGUUAGCAACAAGACAUAUAUCCAAAUUAAUUUUUUGAAUUUUGUGAUUCCCAUUUUCCAAAAGUAUAUUUUUAGCUGAUUAUAUUCAUGCAAACUAUUUGGGAACUGCAACAAAUGCACAACGUUUUAUUUGUGCCCAAGGUCCUCUCGAAAAUACUCAAUUCGCAUUCUGGGCAAUGACAAUUCAAGAAAAAGUUGAAUGUAUUAUUAUGCUUUGUAAUUGUAUUGAAAUGACCAAAAUCAAAUGUCAUCAAUAUUGGCCAGCGAUCGAAAAAGAGAAAAUGACAUUUGGUGAGGCACCCAAUGUUAUAACUGUCACAAAUUUGGGAUCGAGAAAAAUGUCACCAGAAGAUCAGUGUAUAAAUGUGACUAGUUUGAAAUUAGAAUGGGCUGAUGGCAAUAAAACUAUUCAACAUUUCCAAUGGGAAAAUUGGCCGGAUCGUGGAGUUCCAAUGACCAAAUUGACAGCUUGUGUGAGUUUCAGAUUCAGAAAAAUCCAGCAAAAAAUCCCCAUUUUUCCAGAAUCUUUUGUCAUUUGUUCGUGGCUCACAAUUUCCAAUUCUCGUCCAUUGUUCUGCUGGAAUUGGUCGAACUGGAACAAUUGUAGCUUUGGCUUAUGUUCAAGAAAAAAUGCAAGCUGGAGAAGAUUGUAUGGCAAUGAAUGAAUUGUUGAAAGAAUUGAGAAUGCAAAGACCAUGGUCGAUACAAAAUGAAUUUGUGAGUUUUUAUAAACAAUUUUCAAAAUUAGUUUAGGUUCAGAAUUUUGAGCUUCUAGACAUUCUGAAAUUCCAUAACUCAUAAAAUAAACAUGUUCAUUCCCAAAAAAAUCAAAUUUUUUCUAGCAAUAUUUGUAUUUGCACCGCGUUUUACUCGCAUAUUUCCUGGAGAAAUAUAAAGAUUUGUUUGCCGGAUGUUUGGAGGGAGAAAAUGCUGCCAAAUUCCAAAAAUGGUGCGAGGAUUAUAAAGCGGUUACUGGUGGAGAUUAA